AUGCUCCAACAGAACCAAAUGUUGGUGCAGACAAUGCUUCAUCGCAUGGACGCAGAAGACAGGCGCCGAGCUGAAGAAGAAAAGCGCCGUAAGGACGAGGAAACAGCUGCAAAGAAGGCUGCUGAAGCAGUAACUACAGUGUUGCUUGACCCGUUUGCUGGCCCGGAGACUGGUAGUUCUUCUUCCGGUGCUGUUCCUACCUACACAGGAACAGUUGUUUUUUCGGGAAACAGAGCAGAGAAGUACCUUCCUCCGCGGCCCCCCUUGCAGCAUGGAGCGAUGGGAAAAAGUCGCAUGAAGGAAGUUGAAGAGUGGCAUCGUUUUGUUGAGGUCUACAGUUCUUGGCUUGCCUUGAUAGACGAGGCGUAUGUGAACGAGUUUCGCCUUGCGUUGAGGCAUCCUCACGAGAUCGUGCAGGCCAAACUGGCAAAGGACGUUGCUGCGAGAAGUGCAAAGCUGUUUUACUACCUGGGACAGUCGUUGGCAAAGUGGGAGAGAGGUCUGGAACUGCUUCGAAGUGUCAGCAAGAGACAAGACAUGUCUGCAGCUGGCUACGAGGUAGUGCGCACCAUCCACAUGAACUACUCCAUAGUGUCAAGAAUGGAGGCCGUUCACGUGAGAGACCAGGCCUUGGCGUUGCAUAAGCACUGCAACCACCUGCGAAAGCCUCUGGAGAUCAUUAGGCAUCUGGAAGAUGAGCUGGCUAAAGCUGAGUCGAAGUUAGGGAACUUUCCUGAUUUGCGGCUCUCUCCAGCGGACAAGUGUACCUUGCUUUUGCAAGCUAUUUCGUCCGAAGCCAGGCAGUAUGUGGUACUGCGUGGUAAGACCAGCACAUGGGAUGACCUGACUGCAUCUUUGAAGUUCUUUGAAGAACAGCUUCGUCUGUGCGAAGUUCCUGGCCAUACUCGUGCAGCGAGUGAGGUGUUGUGCGACUACUGUGGCAAGAAAGGCCACAAGAAGGAGAAUUGCUGGCAGAAGAAGAAAGAUGAAAAGGGCUCUCCAUCGAAAGGUGGAAAAGGCGAAAAGGGCAAGGGCAAGAAAGGCGAAAAAGGAAAAGGUGGAGACACACCUCGUGGGGGAAAAGGCGACAAGGGCAAAGGCGAGCAGCCUAAAGGAAAAGGAAAGAAGAAGAAGAAGAAAGGCCAACGAGUACGCUCAGCUGGAGAGACAAGCGAGAGCGAAGCCGAAAGUUCGGCCCCUGGAACUCCGAAGAAGGCCACGGCAAUGGCCUUGAGGGUUAGGUUUGACCCGUGUGAGAACGGAGAACUUUCAGGUGUUGGUCGUGUUCUGAGGGAUAGUGAGCCUGAGCCCGCGGUUACUUCGUCGGUUUUUGUUUCACAAGACACCAACUUCUUGGGGACGAUUGGUAGUCUCUGCAGUAGCGAGGACGUUAAGAGAGUCUGUGCAAUUCAUGAGGUAGAAGCUAGGGAUGUGUGGCUUGUGGACUCUGGAGCCACUUGCCAUAUCAUUGCCACCGACUUCUUAGGAGGCUUUCGAGUAGUGAAGCGCCGCGAGCGGCCAGUAACUCUCUACAAUGCCUCUGGAGGUGAGAUCAAGGUGCAUGGAAUUGUGGACAUUGAGUUUCAUUUUGGGAACUUGUGUCUGGUUCUUGAGGAAGUUCUCGUUGCGGACGUGGGCUUCAAUGCUAUCUCGCCCUGGGCGGCUGCCGAGAAAGGAAUCCCCUUCUCCGUUGGAGACUGUGCCGCCGAGAAAUACGGCAACGACCCGGGAAAGCCGGUUGAAGUGAAGCGGAAGGGAUUUCGCAGACCAUUCAUGAAAGCAUUGCUGAUGAACCGCCUGACACUUCUGGAGGACUAUCCUCCCUUGUGUACCUUACUCAAGGAAUAUGGGUUCCAACACACCCUGCGGACGGCGUAUCCAGAUUUGCUGGAGGAACCAUUGGAGCGGGUGUAUCUGGAACUCAUUGCCGACAACGGCAUGAGUGGCAGUUUUUGGGCUGUUAUCAGUUACCUCGAGAGUUCACGCCAGGUGAGGGAUGUCCAAGCCUAUGUUGGAGGCCACUCCCUCAACAUAGAAGUUGUCCCUGGUCCGCCGUCUGUGACGGAAAAUGUGCUCCGGGGCGGCCAUUUCGUCCCUCGACCCGUCCUGGUGGACAAGCCUAUGGACGAGUGUGCCCUUUUCCUGUUGAACAGCAGCAACGGCGAGGCCCUUUGGGACAGGGGCUACCGUAUGGUAGAUUUUAUAUCGGCGUACCAACAGAGCUCCAACAUCGAGACGCUUUCAGCGGCUGUUAUCGGAGUGUAUGGAGGAGCGAAUCACGCAAGCCAGAAUUGCAAGGUUUUCUGGUUCUUCGAAGGCUCCUACCCCACCUCCUAUCAAGCCUAUGCCUGGAAAAGGAUGUCGUCCUCGAGGCCCACCGCCAAAACUGAGUAUUCCGAGUGCUCCGGUUCCUCCGGUGGCCAUGCCAGAUACUUCGGUGACGCCAAUUACGUCGGUAAAGGAGAUGGCAACUUCAAAGGGGACUGUUUCCACUCCCUCGCCGGGAUUUGCAAAGAUCAACAUGCCGCCAGCUGCGGUUACCCCGGUUACUCCGAAGUCUACAUCGGUACCAUUGACUCCGGCCGAUCUUGGCCUUCCGAAUCCUCCAAGUGUGCCCGUGGUUCCUUCAUCAAAGGCUCUGCCGUCUACUCCGAAUAUGACGGAUGUGGUACUGCCGCUGCGGGCACGCCAAUGGACAUCACGCCUGCCACACCUGCAGAAGCAUUGCCAUCCGAUCCGAUUUCAGAAGGUGGUACUGCCGCUGCGGGCACGUCUGGUGAGAUGAGAGACUUCACUCACGACCUCGCAGGCUGUGGUCUUUGCGUGUCUCGAGCCAUCAUAGAUGUGGUUCCGGGAUACAGGCCCCAAGCCAAGGGCCGCAUUGAGAGGCAAGUUGCAGUUACCAAGCAGUCGUUUUGGGCGAUGUGGCUUGACCUAGAGAAACAAGUCGGCCAGAAGGUUCCUCUGGGUGGCUUGUUGUGGCAGACGGCUUUGUUGUACUGUUGCCGGGUGAACAACUUGUGGUGUUCGAGUCCAGAGGAUGGAACGACUCCUUUGGAUAGGGUCCAUGAGGCCAUUGUGAAUCGGCCCAUGCUGAAAGGUUCCGGGGUGCUUGAACGGGACGAUUACGUCUAUGAGGGGGAUAACAUUUCUGCCAUAGCUGAGUUUAAUCCUUUGGCUGUUGAUGUAUCUGACCCGGAGGCCCCAAUUCUCUUUGAACCGCUUGAGCCGGACCCGUCUGAGGCCCCGGCUGUUGAGGACGAGGGUGAAGCUGAGCCCGAGUUAGUUGCGGAUGAAGAGAUGCCGAUGGCAGAUGCUGCCGAGUUGCCUCCGGAUCUUGAUGAAUACGAGCCAUCGGAAGGAAACGUUGGUGAUGUUGAGACGGAAGGAGAGCUUGAUGCGGCCAUUCGGCAUAUGACUGAGCAAGGCUUGAACAGCUUGUGUGCUGGACCGGACCUUCGUGUUCGGGGAGCUAACACCGAAGUUGCCAGUUCUUUUGAAAUGCCAUUUGGUAAGAGUCGUGUUCGAUGUGUUGUACCUAAGCGCGCCGUAAGCGAAACCUCCGGAGAAGUUCUUGAACCUAGUCUGUUGCAACAGUCCAUGGAGCUUGAGCUUAAGGAGCUCGAGAGCUUUAAGGUUGGAGAAGUGGUUAGUGAGCGGGAAGCUCGUUCAGAAGCGAAGAAGUGCGGAAGGCGGGUGCUCAGCUGUCGCUGGGUGAACACCGUGAAACGCCCCGGUUUUUCCCAGAUUUUGGACCCCACGAUCUUUCGUAGGAAGGGCAAGAAGGGUCUCUUGAUUGUUCUCUUUUAUGUGGAUGAUCUUUUGAUUUGGGCCGAGGAUUCCUCAGACGCACGUAGAGUGUUUGAGGAUCUUCAGAAAAGGUACAAGCUGAAGAAAACAGGUGAGCUCUUUGAAAAACAGCCAGGUGAAGUUAGCUUCCUUGGACGCCGGAUCUUUCGGCGCCGUAAAGGGGACAACCGUGUGUACUUUGGUCUUGACUCAAAGUAUCUGGAAUCAUGUUGCGAAGAGUACAAUAUCAGUAAAUCCUCUGCCAAGCUCCCACCUCUCGAGAGGAGGUAUGCUGAGUUGCUUAAGAAGGUUGGGAACGAGGCAGAAUUGUGUGCCCUUACUGAGAUCGCCAAGGAGGGGGUCACGAACCCGGCGGACGCUUUAACUAAGUCUCCGACGCCGGAGAACUUGGUGAGCCUCUAUGAAGCCUGUGGGUUAGUGGAAGAGCCUCAGGAGUGGUCUAAGUAUCUGGAAGAGUCUGAUGAGCCUUCAGUAGCUUUUCCGAAGAAAGUUACUUUUAAAGAGCCCAAUACCAAUGAUACUCUCUGUUAUGAGGUUGAGGGAUACGAGGACUUUGAGAUCCCCUCUUCUUGGAGAGAAGCUGGUGUGAAGCUUGUUGCGGGAAAGGCGAAGUUUGUUGUCUUUGAGCUGUGCUGUGAGGCUGAGAGUGCUUUAGCUCUUGCUUGCGAAGGAAAGCGAGAUGUUAUGAGUGUAGCAACGACCAUGAACACGUGA